CUAUAAAUAGAUGGACCGGAAGUCCGGUCUUCUCCACCAAACAAUUCCAAUUAAAUAAACAGAGCGAAAAACUCCGCCACAGAACCACCACGCACGGCGGAGGAAAUGAAGUCCCACGUAGCCUUCCUCCCGAGCCCCGGCAUGGGCCACAUGAUCCCGCUCUUCCAGCUGGCCAAGAAGCUAACACUCCAACACGGCUUCCGCGUCAGCUUCAUCGUCAUCACCACCGGAGCCUCCGCCGCACAGAACCAAUUCUUCCACUCCGCCGCCGCCAUCUCGCCGCACCUCUCCAUCAUCAACCUCCCAGCCGCCGACGUCUCCGGCGUGAUCUCCGAAGAAAUGAGGGUCGUGACUCAGAUAGCAGUCAUCGCCCGGGAAUCACUCAAACCCCUCAAACCCAUUCUCGCAGAACUCAAACCCUCGUCCCUCGUCGUCGACAUCUUCACCACCGACGCCAUUGAUACAUGCACCGAUCUCAGAAUCCCCGUCUACUCAUUCUUCACCGCCUCCACCGCUCUUCUCACGCUUUCGCUUUACCUCCCGACGCUCGACCGGGAAGUCGAAGGCGAGUACGUCGACCUCCCGGCGCCGGUGGAGAUUCCCGGCUGCCGGAAUAUGCCCACGGCGGACCUUCUCGACCAGGUUAAAGACAGAACGAACGACGAGUAUAAAUGGUACUUGCUCCACGUCAGCCGUUUGCCGUACACUGCCGGCAUACUAGUCAACGCAUGGGAUGAUCUUGACCAACAGCGGAUUAAAGCGUUGACGGAAAACCCUUUCUUCAAGAAUUUACCUACUCCGCCGAUUUACCCGGUUGGGCCGCUGAUAAAAGACGACGAAAUCUUGACGGAGAAAGAUGCUACAAUUCUUGCAUGGCUGGAUUCGCAGCCGCGUGAAUCGGUUCUGUUCGUGUGUCUUGGUAGCGGCGGGACUUUGUCGAGUCGGCAGCUUAUCGAGUUGGCUGCCGGUCUGGAACUCAGCCGGCAGCGGUUCCUUCUGGUGGCUCGCCCGCCGACGGACGCGAGCGGCGCCGGUGCGUAUUUCAGCGUCGGAAGUGGCGGCGGUGAGGAUGCUGACGGUCUGUCUGUUUACUUUCCCGAUGGUUUUCUUGAUCGGACUCGCGGGGUGGGGCUGGUGGUGCCAGCGUGGGCCCCACAGAUGGCGGUGCUCCGACACCGGUCGACGGGGGGUUUUCUGUCGCACUGCGGGUGGAACUCGACGUUGGAGAGCUUGGUUUGUGGUGUGCCAAUGAUUGCUUGGCCGCUGUACGCGGAGCAGAGGAUGAACGCCACCAUGCUCGUGGAGGAAGUCGGGGUGGCGGUGAAGGUGGUGGCGGAUGCGGAGGCGGAAGUGAUUGGAAGGGAGGAGAUUGGGAGGGUAGUUAGGGCGGUGAUGGAGGGUGAGGAAGGGAAGGUUAUUCGUCGGAGAGCCGGUGAGCUGAAAGAGAAUGCACUGAAGGCGUCGGAAAAUGGUGGUGGACUCUCUCGUUUUGUGGAUAUUUGCCACUUGGAUAUCUGAAAAACUUGAUAACUCACUAGAGUUAUUAAUUUGGCAAUUAUAUAUAUAUUGCAAUAAAUCUACUAUUUCCUUUAUGAUUUAGAGCUUGUGUUUUGUUUUUUCUACAUUUUGUUGCUUCUAAUUAAGUCUACUUUUAUUACUAUGGUAUGAGCUUGUGUUGUAGAUUGUUA